CUACACUAUUUCUCGGCUAACGCCAAUCAAUUUUAUUGGAUAAGAAACAUAGAAUACUUCCACGGUGUGGAUAAAACACUACAGGCAACAAAAGCCUCGUACUAGGAAACACAAGAAUCCUGCAGUUUUCACCGCGACAAUGGCUUCAGCAGCAAUGGGAUUGGCCUCAGGCCUCUGCUAUGCAGUGCCAAACAAUGCAAACCAAAUAAAUUUAAGUUCAGUUAAGUUAUCCCAAUUGACAAUCAAAGAAGGGCCGGUGAAGAAUAAGGUGUCCAUUAUUGCCAGGGCUUACAAUGCACAGGUAUUUGUAGGGGAUGGUGAGCCAGAAGAUGAGAUGGUGAAAAGAUUCAGAAGGGCGGUAUGGGAGGCAGGUGUCAUUUCAGAGUGCAGGCGAAGGAGGUAUUUCGAGUCCCCUCAGGAUGCUCUCAAAAGAAAGAAUCAAGUUCUUCGUAACAAGAAGAAAAGGCGAUACUCAAAAGCUAAAUCAUACAGGGAUGAGAAAAACACAGAUGACAAUGAAAAUGUUGAAGAAGCUGAAGGAAAUGAUCAUUGGGAUGGUCCAAUGGAAGGUGGCAUGCCCUUUUGAUUGUUUAUUAUUAUGGUAUGAACGCUCAAAACAUUCAAAUGUAUAUCAUCCAAAUAUUUAUCUCCCUCAAGGAGGGUUUCCUUGCCUUCAUCAGAAGGUUGUUGUUUUAACAAAUGCUACAAUGAUUAUCAUGGCAGAUUCGAUGAAUAUCACAAUCAGUUAUAUUCAUCAUAAGGUUUCACUCUUAAGUUUCCUUGCUUGAGCAAGGUACAAAAUAACCUGUAGUUUGAGUAUUAACAAAAGGCUAUUUUUUUUGAAGGGGCAGAGGUGGAAAGGAGGUGUUGCAAAUGUAUAUGUGAACUAGGUUCAUUGGGGAAAUGAGGAUCCAUAAAAGUUUCAAGUUUU